GUGAGGGCGCGGCAGUGUGACGUCCUGAGGGCCGUAGCUCCUCACCGCCGCUCCUCGUUCUCUUAGGCUUUGUGGUGGAGUGGGUGCGGGUGUUCCUGCUGUCCCGUCUGUGGCGCAGGUCUUCAGGAGCCCCGUCCACAGUGUCCUCAGAAGUCCUCAGGCCUUCCUGCCUCCCGCGGCCACUUAGCCACGCGGUCCCCGUGACUGCCUAUGUGGGCAUUUUCUCAGAACGUCACGCCAGUGACCUAGGCGACCUAUUCCCCAUCAGAUCCAGGUUGACCUCGUCCCGACUAAGGACAGAGCAACUUCUGUUACUGCUGUGGCCCAGAUUUCUCAGGGAAAGAUAAAAUGAAUAAGAAGAAACAGCGGAACUCAGGGGGCGGCCUCCAUCCCUCAAAGCCUUCUAAGAACCCACGGCUGAGAGACUCCCAUGGAAGCCCCCAGAGCUCCAUGAUGGUCCAUUCACACUACUCCAGAGAGUCAGAAGACAGCUCAGAACCUGCUCCUUCUGUAGAGCUUGGUGGGGAGGAACUACAACAAGAAGCUUUCAGCUGCCCAGUGGAGGACACAGGAGUUGCCUCUGACCUCCCAGGAACACCAAAAGAGCUGGUCCCCCUGCCUCCUUCCCAGAACUCAGUUGGGAAGUUUGUCCCUCAGUUUGCCAAACCAAGAAAGACAGUAACUAGAAAAGCCAAGGCAUGGGGAAAGGAUCCAGAGAGCUGCACCAGCAGCCAGGAAGCAAGGCCAGAGCUGGGAGUCCUCAAAGCAGGCAGCCAGCCACAGAGAGAGUCCCUGAGGUUCCCUCCCCAUGAUGUCAGACCAGAAGACCAGACACAGCCAGAUGGUACCCUCUCAAAGGAGAGGACCAUCUCACUAGAUAAUGGAAGCCUGGGGAACAAUGGUUUUGAGAUGGCCACAGUUCAAGACAGUAGUAGCCCCCUGUCUGAUGCUGCUGCUGGAGGCAGGGAGACAGACAGCAGCGCCCCACGGGAAGGAGGUGCCCAAGGAGGGGAAGCAGGGGCCCAGCAUUCUGGGGAACCCCAGGAAGGAGAGGACAUCCCCUACGCUUCAGCAUUAGCUCCUGCCUCAGACCCCACCUGGUCUAUGGCUCAAGACCCCCCUGUCCCUACACACAUUCUCAGCGGCACAGCUGCGGCACCCAGCCCCAACGUCCCAGCAGAUGCCGCUCUUACGGACUCUGUCACUACAGAAGUGAGCUUAGAUCCCUCUGUGCUGCAAGAGAGGGCUCCACGGGUGGCCAGGCUGCUGGGCUCUCCGGAAGAGCAGAUCCCUGGUGGAGGCUGCAGUGGGACUCUGCUGAGCUCCACACCUCUUGCUGAGGAGACCACAGCAGGCAGAGAGGAGGCCAGAUGGGAAGAGAGGUGCCAUGGUGAUACCCUGGCAAACUUCACUGAGACAGAUCCUGAGAAACAAGAGCCCAUGACGGAAGCUGGAGAUUACAGCCAUACAGCCCAAGAAAUGGAUCCAGUGGUCAAGACCAAGGGCUCUGGCUCUGAUGAACAGUUACCAGGGGAUAUAGGAAUGCUGCCUUUACCAGCACAGUCCAUGAAUCAAAAGGUGGUGGAGUUAUGUGGCCUAACUUGUGAUCAAGACUUAGAGGGCCUCAGUACCCCUCAUACCUCUUCUCAGCUAGAGCACACUUGUGCAGCUAGUGACCCUCCCCAGAGCACCAAGGACUGUCACAGCAGCCCAGGCAUUCCUGUACACCUGGCAGGGCAGCAGCAGCCAGCUCCCUGUCCUAGAGACCAGGCUCCAUGGCAGGAGUCCUCAGCAAUGGAACUAGACUUCCUGCCUGACAGCCAGAUACAGGAUGCCCUGGAUGCCACCAACACGGAGCAGGGCUUUCCUUCAGGGAGUAUGCCAGAUCUUGGCUGGCCUGUCCCUCGCGCACAUGCCAUCGGAGAAUCCCCAAAGGCAGUGGCCAAGCCUCAAUCCAGACCCCAUGUGGGAACCUGGGCCCAGGAGACCUAUAGGAUGCAGGAUGCAACAGACACAGUGCGAGGCCUCGUGGUGGAGCUCUCCAGUCUCAACCGGCUGAUUAUGAGCACCCACCGGGACCUGGAGGCCUUCAAGCGCAGGAAGACCAAGUCUCUGCCUUACCUGACAAAGGGCUUGGGAAGCCUUCCUAGAGGGGAUCAGAGCUGGAGGGACUUGUAAGCUGCUGCAGCCUGUAGGGGUCCUUACCAUGGCUCC